AUGGAAGGCCCAGGCCGCGAUCGUUGUGAGGACAGUUCUGGCGUCGUUCUGAGGCCGGUGACUGACAGGGCCGUGGAGAGCUUUUUCCGGCGCGGUUUGUCUUCUAUGGGUACUGACUGGUCCCCAGAGAAGAAGAGGAAGCCCAUGAUACUGGAACCAGUUACGUUCGAAGACGUCACUGUGGUCUUCACGGAGGCGGAAUGGAAGAGCCUGAGCUGUGAGCAGAAGAACCUGUACAAGGAGGUGAUGCUGGAGACGUACAGGCAUCUGCUGUCAUUGGCAGAACCAAAGCCCGAAGCCUGCCCGUGUUCCUCCUGCCUUCUGGCUUUCUCCUGUCAGCAGUUUCUCAGCGAACAUGUGCCUCCGAUCUUCCCAGGCUCGUGUGCAGAAAACCACUUCCCUCCAGGGGAUCCCAGCCCCGGGCAGCAGGAGCAGCAGGACUCUGCUCAGAGCUGCUGCAGUGAACACUCAGAAGGUCCGGAGAGAGAAGACAACUCCAAACCCUUGUGUCGGGGGACAGGGGAGCGAGCGACUGCAAGGGCACUGUCCAGUCCACCCCAGAGACCAUCAGCAGGCCCUGGAGAAGGCAGCAUGGUGGUAGGAAUCGAGGCCAAGUCGGCCCUGCCGGAAUCAGAAGCCUCAGGAUGUGGUGCCAUCAGCUAUAGAGAGGAUGAGCCAGACUGUGGCCUGAAUUCAAACGUUACCACAAACCAGAAGUCCCUCUUCCGGGAGAAGCCCUAUGUGUGCAGUGAAUGUGGCCGAGGAUUUAAGUGGAAAUCACGCCUCUUCAUCCACCAGAGGACACACUCUGGGGAGAAGCCUUAUGUGUGUAAGGAGUGUGGCCAAGCCUUUACCCAGAAAUCAGGCCUCCUCAUGCACCAGUGGACACACUCUAGGGAGAAGCCUUACGUUUGCAGUGAGUGUUGCCAAAGCUUUGCCCAGAAAUCAGUUCUUCUUAUCCACCAUCGGACACACUCAGGGGAGAAGCCUUAUGUGUGCAAGGAGUGUGGGCGAGGCUUUACCCAAAAGUCAGGCCUUCUUAAGCACCAGCGGACACACUCAGGGGAGAAGCCACAUGUGUGUGAAGAGUGUGGGCAACGGUUUAGCCACAAGUCACAUCUCAAGAAACACCAGAGGACACACUCAGGGGAGAAGCGUCAUGUGUGCAGUGAGUGUGGCCGAGGCUUUAAGUGGAAAUCUGUUCUCCUUGUGCAUCAGAGGACACACUCUGGGGAGAAGGCCUUUGUUUGCCCUGAGUGUGGACGAGGAUUUAACUGGAACUCAGGCCUCCUUGUACACCAGAGGACACACUCAGGGGAGAAGCCUUAUGUUUGCAGUAAGUGUAGCCGAGGCUUUACCCAGAAAUCGUGCCUCCUUAGACACCAGAGGACACACUCAGGCGAGAAGCCAUAUGUGUGCAAGGAGUGUGGGCAAGGCUUUACCUGGAAAUUACGCCUCCUUAUACACCACAGGACACACUUGGAAGAAGCCAUAUGUGGGAAACCUUACAUGUGCCUAGAUUGUGGCCGAAGCUUCACCCAUAAAUCAUGCCUCCUUAGACACCAGCAGACACACUCAAGGGAGAAGCCUUAUGUUUCCAGUGAGUGUGGGCAAAGCUUUUUCCUAAAAUCAGGCCUCCUUAUGCACCAACAGACACACUCAGGGGAGAAGCCACAUGUGUGCAAGCACUGUGGGCGAGGCUUUAACCAUAAACAAAGCCUUGUUAGACAUCAGUGCACACUCAGAUGUGAAAUCUUUGCA